AUGGAGGCCAUCUCUAGAAUCCCUAAAAAUCUACAAUGGGUGUCACAAUGGCUACCAUUCAAUACUACUCAUUUGACUUGCAACCUUAUUAACAAAGGGGAUCCAAAGGUGUCGUUUAGAUUAGACCAAGUAAUCAAUCACACCAAUGUUAGAUGUUUAUGUCUCAUGAUUGCCAAGACAACUAUCCCUCAUCACAAAACUCGUGAACACAUAUUCAGUAUUAGAAGAUUGAUUAGAUUUAAAGGAAUAGCAGCUGUAGAUGAAAACAAAGGAAGGAUAUCACUACAGUUUAUAGCAACAGCUACUCUAUUCAACCUCAACACAUUUAAAGAUAUAUUGGAGAAUAGUAUAUCUGAUCAUCAGGUGAUAUUAAAUAUCCCUGAUCUAGACAAAUACUAUCAAUUGAAAUGGAUACAACAACGCAUCUCGUCUGCAAAUAGAGCUGAUAAAAGUGGUAUUACAACUGCAUUGGUCACUAAUGUACUAUCAAUACCACUAAAACAACUCUACUCGAUACCAUCAAUCGAGACACUAUUCAUUAAUCAAUACGGUGAUUUGGUAGAUCUUGGUCAUAUCUCAGUCUUACCACAACUACAACGACUAUCAGUUCAUGCAAAGCAUUUGAUUCUAGGUCAACACACAACACUCAAGUCUCUUAAACUAGAUAUCACUACCGAUUGCACACUAAGUGACUUGGGGUUGGAUAAAUUCGUAUCGUUGACAGAGUUGGAAUUGAUUAAUUAUUUUGUGUCAGAGAUUAGUCCUGGUCUGUUGCCAAACAGUCUGACGUCACUCACUCUGCCAACGUUUGAUAUACCUCGACGAGAUACAUUCCUUUCAUUGACAUCACUAGUGUACCUCCAUAUUGACAUGGACAAUGAUUCAUUGGAAGGAGUGAAUGAACACCCAUUCAUCGAUCUCGAGUCUCUAUCAACCCUCAAGACACUCAAAAUAUAUGCCGGUAAAGAUGAAGGGGAUAUCAGUAUAUCUAUUAGUGUACCUCCUUCACUCAACACUCUUGACCUCUGUACCUCAAAUGUACAAAUCCCCACUCGUUGUCAAAUGCCAAUGUUGGAGAAAUUGUAUGUUGAACAAAUCUUAUUGGUUAAAGAAAGUAUCAAUGUUUUAUCACAGUGUCCAUCGAUAACGAAACUAGUUAUCAACGAUUGCUUUGCAAUCGUGCCAGCCAAUAUCAUCCCAUCGACUCUUGAAAAGCUUACCAUUCGUAAAGACACCAUUGUACUAGGACAUGUUGUGUUGCCACAAUCUCUCACUCAUCUAACUAUUACUGGAUACUAUGAGCCAAUUAAACUCCCAGAAUCACUCAUUAAACUAAAACAGACAAUCGACAUUACAUCUCCAGCUUUGCUCCCUCAACAUUUGAAAAAACUGGUUUGGUUCAAAUCUCCAAGCCAAUACACUUUGGCACUCCCAUCAUCCUAUCCACCUAAUCUUGAAACACUAGAUCUCUCUGGUAUCGAAGAUGAAUUUACCAUCGAUGUACCACCAACAAUCAAAUAUCUAUCAAUAUCUUUGUAUCCAUUAUCAAACAUCGGGCAAACAAACCCUCCUCCAAUCUAUACAAUCAGUACAAAGAUUAGCAAACCUACACAAUUGUUGUCACAAUGGCUACCACUCAAUACAACUCAUCUAACUUGCUGCCUAAAAGAAGUUUCAACAAGGGAGGUGGCAUUUAGAUUAGAUCAAGUAAUCAAUCACACCAAUGUUAGAUAUUUAUCUAUCGUCAGUUAUUCAAAAACCUAUCAAUUUUCAAUUCAAAGAUUAGAUUUGGACAAUAGAAAUGUAUUGGUAUUAGAAACAAAGUCACUUCAAGGUGGAAUAAUCACUCAACAACAAAGAAUAUCAAUCAACAACACUCAACAACAACAACAAUACGAUCCAAUUUAUUUAUAUUUUGAUAUUGAUCAUGGUUCUUCAUUUGAUAUUAACAACAAUGGAGAUAUAUUGUAUCGUAAUAGUGCUUUAAGAAGAUCGAUUCAGUUUAAAGGUUUAGAAGUGAUAGAUACGAAAAAGAGAGAGAUAUCAAACCAAUUUAUAGCAACAGCUACUCGAUUCAACAUCAACUCAUUUAGAGAUAUAUUAGAGAAUAGUAUAUCUGAUCAACAUAUCAUCAUUCCGAGUCAAUGCUCACUCUUUCCUCAAUGGAUACAACAACAUAUCUCUCUGAUUGAUAGAGCCGACAAGAGUGACAUUACAAAAGCAUUGGUGAUAAAUUAUGAACCAACACUACUACAACCACUUCUCAACUCUAUACCAUCAAUCAAGACACUAUUCAUUAAACAAUACGACCAAGAUAUGCUCGAUCUUGGUCAUAUCUCAGUCUUACCACAACUACAACGACUAUCAGUUUUUGCAAAGCAGUUGAAUCUAGGUCAACACACAACACUCAAGUCUCUUGAACUAGAUAUCACUACCGAUUGCACACUAAGUGACUUGGGGUUGGACAAGUUGGUAUCGUUGACAGAGUUGGCAUUGAAUAAUUAUUUUGUGAUGCAGAUUGCUCCAGGUCUGUUGCCAAGCAGUUUGGCAUCACUCACUCUGAGAAAGUUGGAUAUACCUCGACGAGAUACAUUCCUUUCAUUGACAUCGCUGGUGUACCUCCGUAUCGACCUGGACAGGGAUUUAACUAAAGGAGUGAAUGAACAACCAUUCAUCGAUCUCGAUACUCUAUCCAACCUCACAACACUCGAGAUAUAUGCCCGAAAAUACCUAGAUCCCAGUGUAUCGAUUAGUGUAAAUGUACCUCCCUCCCUCAAGAUUCUUAACCUCUGUAGCCCAUAUGUACAAAUCCCAUCCGAUUGUCGAAUGCCACUGUUGGAAAAAUUAAUCAAUCUAUGGCCACAGUGUCCAUCGAUAAAGAAACUAGUUAUUCGCAAUUGCUUUGAAACUUUUCCACCCCAUACCAACAUCCCAUGUACUCUUAAAAAACUUACCAUUCGUAAAUCCCCCAAUAGAUAUAUACUUGGACAAUUUAUGUUGCCAUCAUUACUCACUCAUCUAACUAUUACUGGAGACUAUGAGUCAGCCAUACUCCCUCUAUCGCUCAUUAAACUAAAACAAUCAUUCUAUAAUACACCUCGAGAAUUGCUUCCUUGGCAUUUAAAAAAACUCGUUUGGUUCAAAUCUCCUGACCAAGAGACAUUGGUAUUCCCAUCAUCCUAUCCACUCAAUCUUGAAACACUCGAUCUCUUUGGUAUCGAAGAUGACUAUACCCUCGAUGUACCACCGACCAUCAAAUAUCUAUCAAUAUCUUUGAACCAGCUACAAAGAGCCAUUCCAGUCUAUUCAAUCUGUUCAAAGAUUUCCAACCCUACACAACUUUUACCACAAUGGCUGCCACCCAAUACAACACAUCUAACUUGUUAUUUAAAAGAUGUUUCGACAAUAGAGGUGGCAUUUAGAUUAGAUCAAGUAAUCAAUCACACCAAUGUUAGAUAUUUAGAUAUCAUCAUCAAACUUUCAAAAACCUAUCAAUUUUCAAUUCAAAGAUUAGACCCAGACAACAGCAAUAGAGCCAUAUCAGAUCAGUUUAAAGCAACGGCUACUCGAUUUAACCUCAACUCAUUUAAAGAUAUAUUGGAGAAUAGUAUAUCGAAUCAAUACGUAAUACUCUCAACCCAAACCAAUCAUAGUGAAUAUCCCCAAUGGGUACAACAACGUAUCUCUGCAGACAGACCCGAUAAAAGUGGUAUUACAACCGCACUGGCAAUCAAUUACAUACCGUCACAACAGUCACUCUACGACAUGCCAUCGAUCGAGAAGCUAUUCAUUUUCUGUCGCCACGGAAUACAUCUAGAUCUUGUUGGAAAGAGUGGUGACCACUCGACGUCUGCUGUCUCGCGACUCUUGCCACGUCUCGAACGGCUUUCAAUCCAUGUACACAAGUUGGAUGAUUUGAAGCUAGGUCAACACACAACACUCAAGUAUCUGACAUUGAAUGUUGCCACCAAAUACCCUCUCGUCGACUUGGGUCUUGACAAAUGUGUAUCGUUGACAGAUCUUAGGUUCUCGAAUUAUUUUGUGACUGGGAUUGCUCCAGGUCUGUUGCCAAGCAGUCUGACAUCACUCACUCUGGCAUCAAUAGAGAUACCUCCAAGAGAUACAUUCGGUUCGUUGACAUUGCUAGUCAAACUAACUAUCCAUCUCCGAAAUGGGUCAACUUUGAAGGAUGAACCAUCAUUCAUUGAUCUCGAGAGUCUGUCCAACCUCAAAACACUCUCGAUCAGAGAUACCCCAGUACAGAACAAAAAGCAUGGUAUUGAUAUGACCAUUCCUCCCUCGAUCAACAUUCUUGGAUUCUUUUCUACAUCUGUACAAAUCCCAUCUCGUUGUACAAUGCCAAUGUUGGAGGAACUGUAUGUAAAUCAAAGAGCAUUGAUUGAUGGUCAAAUCAGUCUAUCACAGUCGGUGACGUCAUCUCUCAAGAGACUAUCCAUCUAUCAUUGUUAUAAUACCAUUCCAGCCAAUAUCAUACCAUCAACGAUCCAAAAACUAUCCAUUCAUAAAUUCAUUGAAGGUCAACCGAUACUUGACCAAAUUGUAUUCCCACCAUUACUCACGCAUCUAACCAUCGUGGGAGACUAUUAUGAACCAAUUGUACAACCACUCCCUCAAUCACUGGUCAAACUAAAGAUGACAGUUAAAGAAGCUCCGGUAUCACUUCCACAACAUUUAAAAAAACUGGUUUGGAGAGUGGAUGGUAGAACCAAAGGACAAACAGAUUUUAUGUUUCCAUCUACCUAUACACCACCUAAUCUUGAAACACUCAAAAUAGCCCAUAGAAUAGGUGACUUUAACGUGACCAUCAAUGUACCACCAACCAUUAAAUAUCUAUCAAUGACAUUGGGUCAAAACUCCAACCUGUCACCAAGUAUCCAAACACCCCCAAUCUAUUCAAUCAGCUCAAAAUUAUCCAACUCUAUCAUCUCACAAACACACCAAUGGUUACCACGCAAUACGACUCACCUAACCUGCCAUCUUCAUAACCAUGCUUCAAAGGUGGCAUUUAGAUUAGAUCAAGUAAUCAACCACACCAAUGUUAGAUAUUUAACUAUCAUUUUUUCAAAUCAACGAACCCAUCAAUUUUCAAUUCAAAGAUUGGACCCAGACAACAACAAUAUAUUGGUAUUGGAAACAAAGACUCUUCAAGGUGGAAUAAUCACUCAACAAAGACAACCAAAAUCAAUCAAUCAAACAACAAAUAAUAAUCAACACCCUCAACAAUCUCAAUAUGAUCCUAUUUAUUUAUAUUUUAAUCCAUCCUCUGAUGACUCUCCAUUUGAUUUGAAUUGGAAAUUUGGUAAUGUAGAGUAG